AUGGCAACCCUCCACCCUCACAGCAACAUAACAUGGCACCCGUCCCUCACACGCACCGAGCGCAGCACCCUGCGCUCCCAAACCGGGCUAACGCUCUGGUUCACCGGCCUCAGCGCCUCGGGAAAAUCCACCAUCGCCACGGCUCUCGAGCAGCACCUGUUACAUCUGGGCCUCAGCGCGUAUCGGCUCGAUGGCGAUAAUGUGCGUUUUGGGCUGAAUCGGGAUCUGGGGUUUAGUGAGAAGGAUCGGAAUGAGAAUAUUAGGCGGAUUGGUGAGGUAGCGAAGCUCUUUGCAGACGCAUCGACGAUUGCGCUUACGUCUUUCAUCUCGCCGUAUAUAUCAGACCGGAAGAUCGCGCGGGAUUUACACGCAGAUGUAGGAACGAGCAAUGGUUCGUCCUCUCCCUUGCCCUUCACCCUCCAUCUGCAACUCUCCUUUCUGACAAAAUUACAUAUAGAUGAACCUAUACCUUUCAUCGAAGUAUUUGUCGACAUCCCAGUUGAAGUAGCCGAGAAGAGAGAUCCAAAGGGCUUGUAUAAGAAAGCGAGAGCAGGCGAGAUCCCCAACUUCACGGGUAUCAGUGCGCCGUAUGAGGCGCCUGUGAAUGCCGAGAUCACGGUGCAUACGGAUAAGAGUUCGGUGGAGGAGUGCGUGCAGCAGAUUAUGAAGUACCUGGUUGAGAAGAAGCUGCUUCCAGAAAGCAUCAAGGCGUGA